AUGAUGUUAGUUAAAUAAAAGAAUUUCAGAUUCUCUCUCUCUAUUCUCUCUCUCACACACAAACUCUAUCUAUCUGUGUAUGCAAAUGAUACUCUCUUUCUGUGGUUGCUUUUUUUGCCCCCUUUUUUCUGCUUACUUUGCAAGAGAAGGGAAAGGCAAGCAAGAAGGAUGUGCUUGAACAAAAGCUUUUAACCAAAAAAAUCUCAACUUUUUUUUCAAAUAUUGAAGUGAUUUUUCUGGGGUUGUAAGAGAGAGAGAAAAAACAGAAGAAAAGACAGAAAGCUCAACGUCAGAGUUAGCCGUAAGGUUCUUGGGUUUGUGGUUUUGGACUGGUUGAGAGUACAUAUACUCAGAAUCUCUUCUCAUCCACACUUAUCUCUCUCUCUCUCUCUCUCUCUCUCUCUCUCUCUCUCUAUCUCUGAGAUAACAAGAUUAUACUCUUAAACAACAGGGUUUAUAGUUUUGUUCACAUUUGUGUGUGGAUUAUAUAUAUAUUUUCCUUGGUAAUGUUAUCAUAAUACGAAGCAUGGUUUUCAAAACCAUGAAGGAGAAAAAUACGGAUUGCGGCUACACCACCAUCUGCUUCACCUCACAACUUGUUUCUUCUGCUCUUUCAUAAAAACAAAACUUUGUCUCUUGGCUCAGUGCCAAACUAGUAACAAGUUUUCUAACAGUGCUUAUAUAGAGAGACCACUGUCUCUCAACUUUCUUCCUCUUUUUGUUUAGUUCUUUGCUAGAGACUCAUAUACUAGUUCUUUGCUUUUUCAUAUUUCUUGUGUUUUCUUCCUUCUCUUUCCUUUCCAGUCUAAGCUGUGUGGACUGUGGUCUAGCUUUUUCUUUUUUCUUCCUUUUCUAUUUCGGGUAAGAUUUGUCCUUAGAUCCCAGAAAGCUUCGCAGCAUUUGAAAAAUCAAGAUCUAUGGCCUAUAGCUCAGCCUUAUAGGUUGCUAAAACUUGCAAGUAUAUAUGGAGAUGAAGGGUUUUGUGUUCAACCAACAUCAGCAGCAGCCAGUAGUGGAGGAGAACAUGUCAAAUUUGACUUCUGCAUCUGGUGAAGCCAGUGCUUCCUCAGGCAACAGAACUGAAAUUGGAACCAGUUACCCUCAACAAUACUUGGCUCCACCACCAUCUCAGACUCAGCCACCAAAGAAAAAGAGAAACCUCCCUGGUAACCCAGACCCUGAUGCUGAAGUUAUAGCCUUGUCCCCCAAGAGUCUUCUGGCCACAAAUAGGUUCAUUUGUGAGAUCUGCAACAAAGGAUUUCAAAGAGACCAGAACCUGCAACUUCACAGAAGAGGGCACAAUUUGCCGUGGAAGCUGAAGCAGAGAACAAGCAAAGAGGUGAGGAAGAAGGUGUAUGUGUGUCCAGAGGCAAAUUGUGUGCAUCAUGACCCGUCAAGGGCUCUUGGGGACCUGACUGGGAUCAAGAAGCACUUCUGCAGAAAGCACGGUGAGAAGAAGUGGAAAUGUGACAAGUGCUCCAAGAAAUAUGCAGUUCAAUCAGAUUGGAAAGCCCAUUCCAAGACCUGUGGCACAAGGGAGUACAGAUGUGACUGUGGAACCCUCUUCUCAAGGAGGGACAGUUUCAUAACCCACAGAGCUUUCUGUGAUGCAUUAGCAGAAGAGAGUGCAAGAGCAAUCACUGGCACAGGCAACAACCAACUUCUUCCCCCACAACAGCCUUCUUCCUCUCAUCAGCACCACCACCACAACAUGACCCUUCAAACCCAAUUCAACCCUCAAAAUCUCCAUGCUUUCUCAUUGAAAAAAGAGCAGCAAAGUUUCAAUCUUAGGCCAGAAAUGCCCCCUUGGCUGGGCCCACCAACAACAGUUGAUAAUCUCUCCUCGUCCCCAUCCAUAAUGUUCUCUCCCUCUCCACACCAAGAAAACCCUAACCCUAGUCUUGGUCCCACUCUUGCUGCCUACCAAACAGUCCCUAACCCUUCCCCACACAUGUCAGCCACAGCAUUGCUGCAGAAAGCAGCUCAGAUGGGUGCAACCAUGAGCAGAAGUGGUUCCUCACCAGCCAUGGCAAGGGCCCACCAUCAGGUUCACAUGACUUCUUCAGCAGAUUCUGCCACUGCUCACUUUGGCUUGAACUUGUCCUCACGUGAUCAAGACAACACCACCACCACUUCAACAGCACCAACCACUGUUACGACUAACACUCCUACAGUGUUUAGCCAUGGCUUGUUAUCAUCAUCAUCAUCAUCACCUUUGGGGAAUAAAGCUGCUGCUGUGUCUUCUGCUCCAUCCCUUCUCCAUGAUGUUAUACGCUCUUUCUCUUCUCCCUCUGCCUUCCAAGGAACCCCUUUUGAGGAUGCAUUUGGUGGCAUUCAGAGUUCAAAAAAACUAGAUGACGAUAGCUUGUAUCUGCAUGAUACCUUCUCAAAAGCAAGUGGUGCAGCAGGAAAUGAAGGGUUGACCAGAGAUUUCUUGGGUCUCAGGCCACUCUCUCAUAAUGAUAUUCUCACCAUUGCUGGCAUUGGAAACUGCAUUCAUGAUCAGCAAAACCAAUCUCAAAAGCCAUGGCAAGGUUAGCUAGCUACAUGUGGAUUUUCUUCCUCCUUUCAACAUCUAUAUAAAUAAUUUUCUCCUUUUUAAUCACUUUCACUUUUGUUUAAGAUAUUUUCGAUCUUCCCAAAGGGAAUGAACUUGUUUUCAUUUCUUAUCUAUUGUUUUCUAUUCGCAAUAUUGCGUUCAUUAUUUGCAUA